AUAACUUUUAAGUGGUCAGGACGCAGCCCCGCCCGACCAGGUGGAGCCAGACAACUUCUGGUCUGCCCGGGUCGCUGCGCCGCCGCCGCCGCAGGGAAGACUGCAAAGGCUGGUGCCCCAUGACCUCCAUCAGGAAAGCCCAGCAGGAAAUGAGCAGCGGACCUGAGGCAGCUUGGGAGGCGGCCAGGGCCACCGCUGCCUUUGCCAGCACCAACUGAGGCCCUCUCCAGGGGACACAUCCACACUUCCUUCCCCAGCAUCUGGGAGGACCAGCAUGAUGACCGACUCCCCUUUCCUGGAGCUGUGGCAGUCCAGAACAGUGGCCAUCCGCGAGCAGCUGGGCAUCGGGGACCAGCCCAAUGAUUCCUACUGCUACAACUCGGCCAAAAACAGCACCGUGCUCCAGGGGGUCACCUUCGGGGGCAUCCCCACUGUCCUGUUCAUAGAUGUCAGCUGCUUCCUGUUUUUAAUAGUGGUAUUUUCCAUCAUAAGAAGAAAAUUCUGGGAUUAUGGCCGCAUUGCCCUGGUGUCAGAAGGAAACAGUGAGUCCAGAUUCCGGAGACUGUCGUCUUCCUCUUCAGGGCAGCAGGACUUUGAAAGCGAGCUGGGAUGUUGCUCCUGGCUGACCGCAAUCUUCCGCCUGCACGAUGACCAGAUCCUGGAGUGGUGUGGGGAGGACGCCAUCCACUACCUGUCCUUCCAGAGGCACAUCAUCUUCCUGCUGGUGGUGGUCAGCUGCUUGUCACUGUGCGUCAUCCUCCCCGUCAACCUCUCAGGGGACUUGCUGGACAAAGACCCUUACAGCUUUGGGAGGACAACAAUCGCAAACCUGCAGACUGACAACAACCUCCUUUGGCUACACACCAUCUUCGCUAUCCUUUACCUCAUCCUCACUGUGGUCUUCAUGCGACACCACACCCAGUCCAUCAAGUACAAGGAGGAAAGCCUGGUGAGGAGGACCCUGUUUGUCACAGGACUCCCCAAAGAUGCCAAGAAGGAGACGGUGGAGAGCCACUUCCGGCUGAUCCCUUGGAACACAGAGGCUCUCCCUGUCUACUUAUUUGCCAGGGCUUCUAAGACCCACGCGAGAGGGAGCCCAAGGCGGGGCACCCUCCACUAUUCAAGCAGGGACGCGUAUCCCACGUGUGAAGUGGUGGAGGUCCAGCUGUGCUACAAUGUGGCCAAGCUGAUUUACCUGUGCAAGGAGAGAAAAAAGACUGAGAAGAGCCUGACCUAUUACACAAACCUGCAGGUGAAGACAGGCCAGCGGACCUUCAUCAACCCCAAGCCUUGUGGCCAGUUCUGCUGCUGUGAAGUGCGGGGUUGUGAGUGGGAGGACGCCAUCUCCUACUACACACGCAUGAAGGACAGGCUGAUGGAGAGGAUCACAGAGGAGGAAUGCAGGGUCCAGGACCAGCCCCUGGGAAUGGCCUUUGUCACCUUCCAGGAGAAGUCCAUGGCCACCUACAUCCUGAAGGACUUCAACGCCUGCAAGUGUCAGGGCCUUCAGUGCAAAGGUGAGCCACAGCCUUCAUCCCACGGCAGAGAGCUCGGCAUCUCCAGGUGGUCGGUCACCUUCGCCGCUUACCCCGAGGACAUCUGCUGGAAGAACCUCUCCAUUCAGGGCUUCCGCUGGUGGUUCCAAUGGCUGGGCAUCAACUUCAUCCUCUUCGUGGGGCUGUUUUUCCUGACCACACCCUCCAUUAUCCUGUCCACCAUGGACAAGUUCAACGUCACCAAACCUAUCCACGCACUGAAUGACCCCAUCGUCAGCCAGUUCUUCCCAACCCUCCUCCUGUGGUCCUUCUCUGCCCUGCUCCCCACCAUCGUCUACUACUCUACACUGCUGGAAUCUCACUGGACCAAGUCAGGAGAGAACCGGAUCAUGAUGACCAAGGUCUACAUAUUCUUGAUCUUCAUGGUGCUGAUCCUGCCCUCCCUUGGCCUCACCAGUUUGGAUUUUUUCUUCCGGUGGCUCUUUGAUAAAACGUCCUCAGAGGCCUCUAUCAGGUUGGAGUGCGUCUUCCUGCCUGACCAGGGCGCCUUCUUUGUGAACUACGUCAUCGCCUCGGCCUUCAUCGGCAACGGCAUGGAGCUGCUGCGGCUGCCCGGCCUCAUUCUCUACACCUUCCGCAUGAUCAUGGCCAAGACCGCGGCCGACCGCAGGAACGUCAAGCAGCACCAGGCCUUCGAGUACGAGUUUGGAGCCAUGUAUGCGUGGAUGCUGUGCGUCUUCACCGUCAUCAUGGCCUACAGCAUCACCUGCCCCAUCAUUGUGCCAUUUGGCCUCAUCUACAUCCUGCUCAAGCACAUGGUGGACCGGCACAACCUCUACUUCGCCUACCUCCCGGCCAAGCUGGAGAAGAGGAUCCACUUCGCGGCCGUGAACCAGGCCCUGGCCGCUCCCAUCCUGUGCCUCUUCUGGCUCUACUUCUUCUCCUUCCUGCGCCUGGGUCUGAAGGCUCCCCUCACCCUGUUUACCUUCCUGGUGCUGCUGCUCACCAUCCUGGUCUGCUUGGCAUAUACCUGCUUUGGAUGCUUCAGGCACCUCAGCCCUCUCAACUACAAGACAGAAGAAUCGGCGAGUGACAAAGGCAAUGAGGCGGGGGCCCACGUACCUCCACCAUUCACACCCUACGUGCCCCGGAUUCUGAACAGCUCAUCCUCAGAGAAAACAGCCCUGUCUCCACAGCAGCAGACCUAUGGCGCCAUCAACAACAUCAGCGGGACUGUUGCAGGGCAGUGUCUGGCACAGAGCCCAGAGGACAGUGUGGCAGCUGCCGACCAGGAGGACUGAGAGCUGGGGAACUGCUGGGCUGGUCCAGGCUCGGGGCCCUGGAGAGUCAGGAGGUGAAGAGACACAGGUGGAGAGGUGGCUGGCCCUUGAGCUCAACCAAGUUCAGGACUUCUUGCCACCUGCUUUAAGCACAGCCAGCCUAAAGAGAUGAAAGCAGAAAGGGGCUCUGGCCCUUGGCUGAGCAGGGAGGCGGGACUGCCAUCAGGUGGGGUUCUUUUGGGCGCAAGUGCAGACCUGGACUCUCACUUGCUCGCCUGAGGUUCUAUUUCUUUCUAAGUCCCCCUCCUGCACAAGCCCCCAGCUCUGUGGGUGGGAUGAUGGCCCUGGUGAUUUUUAGCAGGAUCAUGUGUUGAAACUGUGUCCCUCCAACCCACGAGUGUGGUGACAGAAUCAAGCAAGAGGGGGCUGCACCGUGUGGAAGACCUUCUGCCUCUGAGCAUCCAGACAGUGCCCAUCCCUCUCCGGGCACACACACAUACCACCGAUAACCAAAGAGGCUGCAGCAGCCACAGGCCUGAGAUGGGUUCCUUAUGGUGAUCCAGGUCCAUCCCAGCUUCCCCUCACGGGUACUGGACCCUUCCCACCCCUGCCCCCACCCCGGGAGUGAGUUGCAGGAAGCAGGAGGAGUUGUGGGCCAGCGCCAGGCUGCAGCAGGCUUCAGCAGGCUUCUCCACAUCACCACCAGGGUUUUUUUUUUCCUUCAUGUUGCCAGUGACAUAGUGGCUGGGUCGGGGUCACCUGGAGUGGCAGGGACCAUGAGGACCACUAAUAAAGUGCCCACUCAGCCAGACUGCAGAGAUACA